AUGUCCUCCAUCCUGCCUUUCACUCCUCCCAUCGUCAAGCGGCUGCUGGGCUGGAAGAAAGGGGAGCAGAACGGGCAGGAGGAGAAAUGGUGCGAGAAGGCGGUGAAGAGCCUGGUGAAGAAGCUGAAGAAGACCGGGCAGCUGGACGAGCUGGAGAAGGCGAUCACCACCCAGAACAUCAACACCAAGUGCAUCACCAUCCCCAGAUCGUUAGAUGGCCGGCUCCAAGUGUCCCAUCGGAAGGGUCUUCCCCAUGUGAUCUACUGCCGGCUGUGGAGAUGGCCAGACCUUCAUAGCCACCAUGAGCUGCGGGCCAUGGAGAUGUGCGAGUAUGCCUUUAACAUGAAGAAGGAUGAAGUCUGUGUGAAUCCUUACCAUUACCAAAGAGUGGAAACCCCAGUGUUACCUCCAGUGCUGGUGCCUCGGCACACAGAGAUCCCAGCGGAGUUCCCGCCGUUAGACGAUUAUAGCCAUUCUAUUCCAGAGAACACUAACUUCCCAGCAGGUAUUGAGCCACAGAGCAACUACAUUCCAGAGACACCUCCUCCAGGCUAUUUGAGUGAGGAUGGAGAAACAAGUGACCACCAGAUGAACCCCAGCAUGGAUGCAGGUUCUCCAAACUUAUCACCAAACCCCAUGUCUCCAGCACACAAUAAUCUGGAUCUGCAGCCUGUUACCUACUGCGAGCCGGCGUUCUGGUGCUCGAUAUCCUACUAUGAACUCAACCAGCGAGUGGGAGAGACUUUCCACGCCUCUCAGCCCUCUAUGACCGUGGAUGGUUUCACUGACCCAUCUAACUCGGAACGUUUCUGCCUUGGUUUACUGUCCAACGUGAACAGAAACGCAGCAGUGGAGCUCACGAGACGACACAUUGGAAGAGGAGUAAGACUCUACUACAUUGGUGGAGAGGUGUUUGCCGAGUGCCUUAGCGACAGUGCCAUUUUUGUCCAGUCUCCCAACUGCAACCAACGCUACGGCUGGCACCCAGCUACAGUUUGCAAGAUUCCACCAGGAUGUAACUUGAAGAUUUUUAACAACCAGGAAUUUGCCGCUCUCUUGGCUCAGUCUGUGAAUCAGGGCUUCGAAGCUGUGUACCAGCUGACCAGGAUGUGCACGAUUCGGAUGAGCUUUGUCAAGGGAUGGGGAGCAGAAUAUAGGCGGCAGACUGUGACCAGUACUCCCUGCUGGAUUGAGCUGCAUCUCAACGGUCCUUUGCAGUGGCUGGACAAGGUCCUCACACAAAUGGGCUCCCCGAGCAUUCGCUGUUCCAGCGUCUCCUAAGGAAGCAUCUCCUGGGGAUGGGUGGGGGGAGCAAAGACUGGAAAAUGGAAUUGGCUUAACCCUUGGUAAAACACAUAGUAAACUAAUUCCCAGUUAUCGAAGUGAUGAGAAAACAAUCUGCUAAAAAGGAAGCGGGUUUGCUUUGUUUUGUUUUGUUUUCUAUAAACUAAAUACCCAUUUAAGCCACUUCCACUGAA